AUGGAAGAGCGAAGAGCGGUGCUAGGUUGCUAUCUCAUCACCGCAAGUAUCGCCUUAACGACGUCGAAAAUCGAUGCGCUUCGAUGGACACCUCACAUGGAAGAAUCGCUCUCUGCCUUAACCAAUGCUAGGGAGUGUCCCGAAGACGAACGUUUGGUGACUUUGGUCAAACUGAGUCUCGUCAUGGACAAGGCCUAUCAUCUCCAACGGGAUGGAGAUGGUCACCAUGCACCCUACUUCUAUAUCAAAGCAUUCCAAUCUCAACUCAAUCUCGUGAAAGACUCGAUCCCUGGCUCUUUACGAAACGAUGACUCUAUCCUCUUUCAUAUUGCAACCACCGAGCUCGUAAUUCAUGAGAUUGCCAUGCGGGCACCUUCUACACCUAAUACGCCUGAUCUCCAGAGGCUUGAUAGUCUGUAUACGUCUCUUCAAGCCGCAAAGACCUGGUUGGAUCUUUGGCUAUCUCAGCGUCCCACCGAGUACAUGGCAUUCCCUUACACGAUAUUUGGUCAACUUUCACGGGCCCUCGUUAGCUUGUAUCGACUGUCGGUAUUGGAUGAUCCUGCCUGGGACAGGAACUUUGUGAGAACUACUGCCAACCUCCUCGAAUACCUCAACAGAAUGACCUACGGGAUGAAAAUGUCCACAACCCACCUCGCAGUCCCUCAUCAAUCGGAGUGGAAUGUUUUUGAAAAGGCAUCGACCAUGUUUCAGUGCAUCAGAGAAGGAUGGGAGCCAAAACUGAUAGAAGCUUGGUUUCCCAGUCCACAAUCCCGAGGAUUUGACGAUACACUUAAUGCUUCGAAUCCUCCGAUGUUGGAUGAGACUCUUCCGAUGAAUGGCCUGGACGAUCUAUGGAUGAUGGAUGUUUUCGGCUCAUUAUAA